CUUUUUGCUCUGGAUUUUUUCUUCCCUAUCUUGUGACCGUCCAAACAAUCCCUCACCUCCCACCCCACGAAACAAUGGCAAUGUCCAGUCUUCUAUCCCCCCUCUCCUCCACCCUUCAGUCAUCCCCACUCUUCCCCAUCAGGCACCCAUCUCUCCUUACUCUCACUACCAAACUUAGGUGCCCAAAAGCUCAGGAACGAAGAAGAUCCACCACCGCGCAAUCCAAGGGCAGCAACUCGGCUGACGCCCCAGACCGCUUAAUCUCAGCCGUCUGUUACUUCUACCCAUUCUUUGAUGGCAUACAGUACGGAAAGUAUGUUCUUACACAGUUCACGCCCAUUCAACUCCUCAUACAACCCUUAUUUCCAGCCAUUAAGGUCUUCAAGAGCUUCCCCUUUAAUGGGUUUUUGGUGUUGACUCUCUAUUUUGUUGUUGUGAGAAACCGCAAUUUCAGUAGGUAUGUGAGGUUCAACACCAUGCAGGCUAUAGUGCUUGAUGUCUUGUUGAUUUUUCCUGAUCUUUUAGAGAGGAGCUUCAAUCCAAGAGACGGGCUAGGGUUGGAUUUCGUGAUGAGUUUGGACAGCACUGUGUUUUUGUUUCUGUUGGUGUCUUUGAUAUAUGGGUCUUCUUCCUGCUUGUUGGGGCAGGUCCCCAGAUUGCCAAUAGUUGCUGAGGCGGCCGAUAGGCAAGUACUUUGAACACCAAUAUGGUUUUUUAUACUGUUGCUGUAACGAUUUUUGUCUAUUGGGAAUGCUAAUUGUUAAAGGGGGUUUUUACAUUUGGGUAUAGUUCAUGGAAUUUAUGAAAGUUGCACACUGCAUACUACACUGCUGUGGUGGUUGGCAUUCUGUGUUUUGUUCUUAAGAUAUUGGGAAAAUUAGGAAAUGGAAUUUGGCUUUUUAGAAUUUGUGGGUGUUGGUGUUUAAAUUGCUUUGAUGUUGGAGUAAGUAGGUUGGCAAGUAGACAUGUUAGAUAUUGCCAUUUUGUGAUGAUGUGAUGUGUGGUAAAGCCCUUUGAUGGUAUAGGGUGUACUUAGUUCGGGUUUGAAUGAAAUUCAUGUCACAUGCACAUGGGCAGAUGCUCAUGUGACAAUCAGGAAGCGUUGACAGCCACAAGAAGAUGUAAGGGGAAAAAAAGGGAUACUUGUAAAAGUUUCUAUUACCUGAUUGGUAAUGCUGAUAUGAUUAGGAAUAAGUUGGAAUUCUUAAUUAAGAUCAUGUUAAGUUUCAGAACAACCUCUGAGAAUCCUUUAUGUUAAGCAUCAUUAGUGCCUUCUCUGAAGAAAAAGUGAAAAUAAAAAACCUGUAUUGCACUGAAAGGAAGUCAGGCUCGUAUGUGUUUUGGAAUUGAUGAUUCUUCCGGGGAACGGAAAUUGCUUCACCAGAAGCUGAAGCUUGGAGCAUUAUGCUUUCUGACUUAUAUUGUCUUAUAUACUCUCAUAGUUAUUACCUAGUUAGGCCAGUGAUGGUGCUUAUCCAAGUGGACUGAUAAAACUCAUACUUGAUUGUAUUGUAUCACAAAUAAAAUAGCAGGAUCAAUGUUAUUUUCUUUUC